AGCGUGGCCCCCCCAAAUCGGGGCUUACAGCAACGGUAGCAGCAGCAGCAGCUUGCAUUCUAGGACGUCACCGGCAGAAUGGCUUCCCGUGUUACAGCUUUUGCUCUUCUUGUCCCCAAGUAUUAAAUUCCAUCACACCCCCUCCUUCAAUCUUGGCGUUGAUUCUUUCUACCUACCAUCAUCACAGUUUUCCUUCCAUCUUUAAUUCACAGCUACUGCUACUACUACUACAGCUGCUGCGUCAUACACUCUAUUUGACACACAAGACUCUGUUUCAUCAAGCACACACGCAUUUACGGCUACACCACCACCGCCACACACAUACCUAGCUUCCCCAAAUCUUCACAAUGGCCGACAACUACGCCCACGCUUCGUCUUCCAAGGCCGCCGACACCGAUGGCGAGACCAAUGGUCACAACGGCGGUUUCCAGGCACAGGCCAAGAUGUCUGUUCAGCCUCCCAAGAAGGAGGAUCUCCAGCGCAGCUAUGCCACCAUUGUCGCCACUGAUGCCAACCCCAAGGGCUGGUACGGCAGCAUGAUCAACGGUCUCGGUGCUUGCAUCGGUACCAUGGGUGCUGUCCCAUGCUGCAUCUGCUGCCCCAACCCUUACAAGAGCGUCCAGCAGGGUAAUGUUGGUCUUGUUACCAAGUUUGGUCGCUUCUACCGUGCUGUCGACCCCGGUCUGGUCAAGAUCAACCCUCUGAGCGAGACACUUGUCCAGGUCGACGUCAAGAUUCAGACUGCUGAAGUCCCCGAGCAGAUUUGCAUGACCAAGGACAACGUCACGCUCAAGCUCACCUCCGUCAUCUACUACCACAUUGUCAGCCCCCACAAGGCUGCCUUUGGCAUUUCCAACGUCCGUCAGGCUCUUAUGGAGCGUACUCAGACUACCCUGCGCCACGUUGUCGGUGCCCGUGUUCUCCAGGACGUCAUUGAGCGUCGUGAGGAAAUUGCCCAGUCCAUCGGAGAGAUCAUCGAGGAUGUCGCCGCCGGAUGGGGUGUCCAGGUUGAGAGUAUGCUCAUCAAGGAUAUUGUCUUCACCAAGGAGCUCCAGGAGUCUCUUUCCAUGGCUGCUCAGAGCAAGCGUAUUGGUGAGAGUAAGAUCAUUGCCGCCAAGGCAGAGGUCGAAUCCGCCAAGCUCAUGCGCCAGGCUGCCGAUAUCCUGAGCUCCGCCCCCGCCAUGCAGAUCCGUUACCUCGAGGCUAUGCAGGCUAUGGCCAAGUCUGCCAACAGCAAGGUCAUUUUCCUUCCCGGAUCCUCUAACCAGGGUCUUGACCAGGCGCUCAAGUCGGCUGUUGACCCCAAUACUGCUGACACUCCCAACCUCAAGCCCUCUCACAACGUCUUUGGCGACGACCAGGGCUUCCAGCAGGCCAUGAACGCUCACGUUGUUGAGAACAUCUAACGCUGACGCUUGGCUUGUUUUUUGCUUGUUUCUUAUUCCAUAUACCCGUUAUGUCACCUGUUGCUAUCUUUCAUGUGGCAGGAUGAAGUUUGUAAUGAUUGUUUUGAUGAUUCCCCGUUUCGAAAUUCUGAGAAAUACCUUGUUGGAGUGGAAGAAUGUGUACCAAAUCAUGUUGAAUAUAUCCCAGCAAAUAAAUACAUAAUACUUAGUCAUAUUUUCAAUACCACCAAUUUGUAUCAUUC